AAUCAGCCACGGGAAAACAGCAUCGUCACAGGGUGGAGCGUAACAAAAGUGAAACUAAAGAUAAAAAGAACGUCUCAACAGCAGCUCGGAUCCUGGAAGCAUUUUCAUUGACUGAUCUGUCAAAUACAGUAAAGAUGGCGACGGGGCCUGAACCACCGCCUGAGAUGUCAGCGAUCAGCUCCAGACCGGUGAUCAGGAUUCUUCUGAUGGGCAGAAAGGGUUCUGGGAAAAGCUCGUCUGGAAACACGAUACUGAGAGAAAGAAAGUUUAAACUUAAAAUGCAGGACGCUGAAGUUUGUGACGCAGCAACACAGGUUGGAGAGAAGCAGGUUUCUGUGAUUGAUUGUCCAGAUCUGCUGGAUCCAGAUCUAAAUAAAGAGCAGCUGGAGGAGAUGAAAGAGCAGCUGGUCUCUCAAUGUUCAGCAGGUCUCAGUGCAGUUCUGCUCACCGUUCCUCUAGAGAAACCACUGGAAAAUGAGGAAGAAAUCUUGGAUUUUAUUAAGUGUUUAUGUGGUCCUGAAUUUCAUAAAUACAUCAUGAUCCUGUUCACACGUGGAGAUGAACUGGAUGCACUGGAUGAACCACAGACCAUUGAUGAACAUCUACAAAACCAUGAGGAUAUCCAGCGACUGGUGACUGAAUGUGGAGGAAAGUUUCACUGUUUCAAUAACAGGAGUAAAUCAGAUGAUCAGGUACAAGAACUACUGCAGAAGAUUGAAGGAAUGAUGGAGGAAAACGAUGGGAAAUUUAUCAUGGAACAAAUGAAGAGGAGUGGCAGCAAGGACAUUGUAAUAAAUUUUUCAGGAGAAAGUUCAAUGGAUGAAGAUCCAGAUGAGGUUCAGCUUCCAGGGAGGAAAAACCAAAUCAGGUUGGUUCUGCUGGGAAAAACUGGAGCUGGAAAAAGUGCUGUAGGAAACACCAUCAUCGGUAAAAGAGUGUUUGAAUCC